AUGUCCGCGCUGAUUCCACCCGCGGACGGUCAAUUACCGGCAUCUGUGCCGCCGGUCCAUCGCAGAAAGCGGCUCAAGAUUGACGUUGCGUGCGAUCGCUGUCGGAGUCGCAAGGUCAAGUGUGACGGCGUCCGGCCAGCAUGUGGUCAUUGUUCGCGCAAGUUGGACCAGCGCGACAAAUGUCACUAUGGCGGCAGCUCCAAUGUCUCUCCACCACCCAACAGCGCAAACGCGGCAUCACUGCCCGCCCACAACAAGGCGGCCAUCAGCAACGAUUCUGAGCCAGCGAGAAUCACCGCCCAUAGGUUGAACAAUGGCGCAGGCCGGCCCUUGCGCGGUGCUCUUCCUCCCGUCCAUAGGCCCAUUGAAGCAAGGCCGGCUCCGACCAGCUCGGACUUCGCCCAGCCGCAUUCAUCGCUACAGGCAGGAGAAGCCAGACCCGCGCAUACUGCUGAUUCCAUGACGGCCAUUGGUGACGAGACCACAACCGAGUUUUUUGGCAGCAGCAGCGCUGGCUCAUUCACCGCCCAGAUUAAGGCCGCUGUCGACUCCCGUCUGGGCCGCUCGCCCAACAGCCACCCCGCCGGGACUCAAGGACCGGGGCACUUGCCAACGGCUCAGCUGGCUUUCAAACGUCGCCAUGACCCCAAAAACGCCCUCUUGCCUACGCGCAGGCUCGCCGACGAGCUGAUGCGAACAUACUGGCUCUAUAUUGACCCGCUGUACCCGUUUCUCAACAAAAGACACUGGGACGACUGCUACACUCGCUUGUUCGCUGGCGAGCCUCUCGACACAGACGAGCCUGUCUUCCUGGCGUCUUUGAAUAUUGUUUUUGCGCUCUCGACUCAACUACACGAAGGCCAGGAUGCUACGGUCCGCAACGACACGAGCCAGGACUACUUUCAGCGGGCGCAGGAUCUUGUGCAACUCACGAUAUGGGAUCCGGGCAGCCUCCAAGUGGUCCAGUACUUGUUAAUCACAAGCCAAUACUUGCAGUCGACCAACUCGCCGCACCAAACCUGGAUGGUGGUAGGCCUUGCGGUCCGUACAGCCCAGAGUCUGGGAUUGCACUUGCCCGAGACUUCAGCCGCCAAAGCAUCCACGACCGACAGGGAACUCUAUCGCAAGCUAUGGUACGGGUGUGUUUUGAUGGAUAGAAUGGUCGCGCUCACCCACGGACGUCCAGCAAUGAUAUCCGCUGAGCUUGCCAGCAGCGUCCCCUUACCAGCUCUCGCGGAAGAGGGUUCGCAGACACCAGAGGACUCCACAGACGUCGCAUUCUUCGUCAAGUCCGUCGAGCUCUAUGAAAUCAACCAAAAAUUAGUCGAGACAUUAUAUUCCGGUCCCACUCAACGCGCACAACGCUUGAAGCCAGGCCAGCGAGCCGUCAGCGACUUGGCCAACAUUGUCCAAAUUGACGGCGACAUGUCGGACUGGGAGCAGAGUCUUCCGAAGCAGCUGCAGCAGCACACCUUGGGGACAAUCGCGGCACGUCCCAGCAUCAUUCUCCGUCUGCGCUUCCUGCACGCGAGGAUCCUGCUCCUCCGCCCUAUUCUCAGCUUGGUAUGCUUGCCUCAUGCAGCGACGGAAUCCGACACGGAGCGGCUCGCGAGCAGGCUGCACAAGCAAUGCGCGCUCGAAUGCGUCGCCACAGCGAGAGCCACGAUCCGCACAUUCUUCCAUCACCAAGUCUCCGACGGCACCGUGGGCCUGUUGCCUGCCUGGUGGUACCGCUUGUAUUACCUCUUCUCAGCGUCGACGGUGCUGAUUGCCGCUAAACUGCGCCCGGACGUCUUCCCGGCCGACGACAUCAACCAGUCCUGGGAGCAAGCAAUCCACGUCUUCGAGACACUCCAGCACGUCAGCCAGUCAGCGCAGAAAUGUGUCACUGCGCUUCGAAUCUUGUCGACCAAGAUUCUGUCGAGCAUAGGUGGCGUGCCGCAGCCGGAUACGGAGCCCCAGGAAGCGUCGGCAAUAGACACGCCGAAAAUAAGCUACGACUUCCCGUCGAACGCCGGUGCUCAGAAGAUGAUGGACGGAUUCGACUUCAACUUCAACUUUGACGAUAUUAAUUUUGAUGUCGAGGUUGAGAAUUACGCGUGGCUGAACGAAGUGACCUCGUGGAACUUGUUAAGUGGAUGA